AUGUAUUGGCCCAAUGGAGUUCCCAGGGUCUAUGCGGUCAAUGGGCCCGAUAUUGCAUAUGUUUCCUCCGAUGAGAAUCGCAAUGUCCCGCAUUCCCCUCGAGUAGAGGAUCCUGACCCAUUAGAUACUCGUGAAGACGAGGAAGGACAUGAUAUUCAACACAAUGAGGAAGAACAGCAACAAGAAUCGCAAACGAACCCGUCCCCUGAUACUAGCAAUUCCAAAUGGGAAGAUGAAGCCAUCAAAGGAGUUUGUGUCUCACGCUCUGGCCAGAUGUUUGCCACGAUUUCGGAGUCCUCAAUUGCUCUUUGGCAGACCCGGCCUACAGCAGUUGUAACCGCAAUCUCUCGGUCUCGAUUUUCUUUAAAAACAUACGGUCCGAAUGUAUCUCUCUGCAUGCACCCCGACUCGACGAUACUGGUAGUACAGACCCUCAAUGGGUACUUGCUCACAUACUCGGUAGCAUCGGAUCUAGCAACUCGAGUUUACCAGCAGCGAUUCGAUCAUUCCACACAUCCUCGUCGUCAACAACUGGCUCGAUUCUCAGCCGUGGAAGAGGCUAAUGUAGUUGACGACAUAAGCAUCCGUUUCCGAAUGGCUAUCAAGAUUGAGUCAGGAAUUGUUAAGGCGCUGGCGCUGGACCAGGAACUUGUCGUCGCCACUGUUAAACCACCAGCCAUCCAAUGUAUUCGAUGGACAGCCGAGGCAGGAGGGACACAAACCACCUCAGAACUUCUGAGUCGCAUCUUAGGUGUAUCCAAGAAAGUCUCGAUUGUGGAUAUGGUUUAUGAUCGAGCAAUGAAUCUUCUCAUCUGGAUUACCAGUAGUGGUCAAGCAUAUGCUGUGCAACGGGAUUUGGGGACACAAAAAGACGCCGAAGCAGUGAAGAAACUCUUCCAUGGACAUUGCUUCCAUGACCCUAAGCAAGACGGCGAACAUGCAGUCAAAGUGGCAGUGAACGCACGGUUCUCUUUGUUGACUGUGAGCUGCUCCAAUGGCGAUGUUUUGGUGUACACUGCGAAAGAUUACAUGGGAAAUAUUCCAUUUUCACAUAAGCUCUAUUUGCCAGCCUCACCAACGACAACCGGGGCUUUAACUUUCAUGAGCUAUUCUCCAGAUGGAUAUUGCCUUUUUGCUGGUUUCGAACAUGGCUGGACCACAUGGAGUGUCUUUGGGAAACCCGGGGGAAACAGCUUUUCGGUGGACCCUGCGCUAGCGGCGACCAAUGCGGAGGAUUGGCUCACUGGUGUUUCGAAUGGAUGCUGGAUUGGCGGCGGGUCAGAUAUUAUUCUGUCUGGACAAAAUGACCGUCGCCUGUGGGUUCUGGAGACAGCGCGUAGUGCUUUGACUGGCUGCUUUUCGUCUGCAAAUUUGGCUCGUGGCUUGCUUCAGACCGGCACCGAAUUCAUCCUCUACCGCGGUCACGAUCUUCCGGAUCUGAUGACAAUAUCAGGAAAGGACUCGUUGUGGCAUCAUGCGCAGUAUCCUCCUGCUUAUCUUCAUUCUCAAUGGCCAAUUCGAUCUUGUGUAGUGUCCCAAGAUGGACGUUAUGUUGCGAUCGCAGGUCGACGGGGCCUUGCGCACUAUAGUGUCAAUAGUGGCCGAUGGAAGGUAUUCGAGGACUCUAAAGCUGAGAAUUCGUUUGCUGUGCGAGGAGGCAUGUGUUGGUAUGGUCACAUAUUAAUUGCGGCUGUUGAGAGCAAUGGCUCGUAUGAGGUUCGCCUUUAUUCGCGUGAAGCUUCCCUUGGGAACAAUUCAAUCAUGUUCACGGAAUACCUCCCAUCGCCAGUUGUGUUCAUUGGCCCCUCUGGAGAAGAUUCUCUCUUGGUCUAUACAUACGACAACAUUCUUUACCACUAUAUCAUCAAUGCGUCGCAGCCUCAGAUCACUCUUGUUCCGGUUGGACAGAUCGCUUUCAAUGGCAUCGUUAGGGCCCCUACCCGCGUUCGAUCAAUUAGCUGGGUCUUGCCCGAGGAACAAAUGCGAAAUGGUGAACCAUCCCAAGAUGUAAAAGUCGCAUCUGUGCUUCUCCUCGUCGACGGCAAUCUAGUCCUGUUACAACCUACUGUAUCAGACACAGGCGAUCUCAAAUACGACAUGCGCGUCGUCUCUCAUGAUGUGGAGUAUUAUAUCUUGAUGCGUGACCAACUUUCCUUCAACUUUUCACCACAAAUCGACGAAACCCUUCCGGCUAGUCCUUCGGCUGAUAUAGCAUUGGAGCCCCCGCACAGCAGUUUGUCUCUCAGAGACUCCCUAUGGAUGUUCCGAGGUCAAAACCUGCUCGCUUGGAACGAUGUCCAAGAUGUUCUAAGAGAGGAGACGGUGCCGGCGCCGCUCAGCAUUCCUAUAGACUUUUAUCCACUGUCUGUUUUAUUAAACAAGGGCAUUGUACUUGGGGUUGAAUCAGAAAUGAUGCAACGACGAGAUAUGACAUUCACUGUUCUAAAAUUUGCGAUUCGCACACACCUCUUCUUACCGUAUUUCCUCCGAUACGGCUUAACCAACAUUGGAGCACCUGCUGCCCUCGCUCUCUGUCGCCACUUUUCUCACUUGUCCUAUUUUGCACAUGGCUUGGAAAUCUUACUACACCACGUCUUGGAUGAUGAGGUGGAUAAUGAGAGCCGAGCUAACAAGACGGACAACCCGCAAGAUCGAGCAGAUCCCAUCCUCCCAACCGUUAUCGCAUUUCUCCAAGCAUCGCUCCCCACCAGAGAAUACCUUGACAUUGUUGUACAAUGUACACGAAAGACAGAGCUCCGAUCAUGGCGCACACUGUUCGCCUAUCUCCCCCCACCCAAGGAUCUGUUCGAGCAAGCUUUGAGAUUGGACUCGCUCAAGACCGCAGUUGGAUACCUCCUUGUGCUUCAAGCUUUCGAGGACGAAGAGCAAGGCCAUGAUGGCCGCAUCGAAGAGUAUGUUGUUCGUUUGAUUGCCUUGGCCUCACAGAAGGGAGACUGGGAGCUGUGCGCUGAGCUUGCACGUUUCCUGAUUGCUCUGGAUGCUUCAGGCGAGAUGCUGCGGCGCGCUAUUGCCCGAGUGGGUCUGCGAUCGAACUCGGGGUCCUCUACGAAGGGAUCAUUUAGUGCCCCGGCAGCCCGAUUCGGUUCCGCAGGAGUUCAGGGAUUGGGCCUGAAUCUUCCGAUCAGAUCUCCGUCAUGGUCGUCCCUUUCUCCGACGUCGUCUCUCUCGUUUCUUCCAAGUACACGGGAGGGCGAAGUGUCGGACAACAACUCUUAUUCUGUAGCAGAUCUAGAUAAAUGA